UUACUUAAAACUGGUCUUUAAUUUCACCUAUCUUGGAGAUGUGACAAAUUGAAAAGUAAAUUGCAUAAGUGAAAUAAACACACGGAAAUCAUAUAUCCUUUUUUCACAUUUGAUGUUAUGUAUACGCAACAUUGUGUUUUAGUAAAAUAUCAAUUAACAAUUAAAGUAAGUUAUCGACAAUAAAUGUAUUCAUCUUCAGUAAAUUUUAGUGGAUUAUAGUCUUCUCUACAAUACUAUGCGGCAAAUCCCGUUUCUACAAUUAAUAAUUUAUAAAAAGUAAUUUUUAUUAUUACAUCCUAAUGUAUAUUACAGGCUAAAAAAUUAUUUAGUUCUGGAAAGGUUAGUAUGUAACAUUCGAUUAGGAAAGGCAAUGGAGUUAAAAGGUAGCGCAAAAAGCAACCGUAUACGGAGUUCGUUAAAAUCGAAAAAAUUGAUUGCACCAAAAGUGGAAGUGAUUACGGAAAAUGUUUUUGUACCGAUAACAAGGACCAUAUUUACGAAGAAACGUGGUGAUGCAAUGCAGUGCAAUUUUUCCGUACCAAAAGUGGACUUCGUUAAGUUAUACCAAUGUAAUAACGGCGCAACGAUGCCAUUAUUAAAGAAACCAUAUAGCCUUCUAACUAAUAUAGUAAGUAAACACAAAGAAGUAGAAACAUCAGGAAAACGGUUACGUUCGAUUAAUAGAAGUUACAGUUUUGUAAACAUUAAGAAAGUAAAUUUCUCUCAGCAACCAGAAAUUAAAAAGCAACAAAUAUUGAUAUUUCCUUCAUCGAUUUCUGAUCUGCCUUUGACUUCGUUCAAAAGUUACUCUCCUGCAAUGGAUGAAAACGCAAUUAAAACAAGUAAACGGAAGAAAAUGGAUAAAAUUAAUGAGAAAACAAGAAUUGGCGGUAUUAAUCGCAUCUCAUCGAAUCUUCCAAAAACAAACGGUAAUGAUAAAAAAUUGAAAUUACACGAAUCAGAAAAUGUUAUUCGUCGAUCGCAGAAUGAUACUACUCGGACUAAAUAUUUGUCAUCAAGUUCUAAGGAAAAGAUACAUCUGAUGGAAAACAAUAUCAAUAAUUCAAUUAUGUCAAGGAACACCUCGAAUGUUUCAAUUACAUUAAAUUCAACAAAUCCAACAGCGACCACGAAGAGAGAAGACGUUAAAAAACAAUGUAUUUUUGAUCCUUAUUGUGAAUCUGUCUUAGAAAAUAUCGACGUAGCCAUAAGAGGAACAAUUUCUAAUAAUAUCAUUGAUUGUGGGAAAGAAUUAAAGUAUCCAAUUACACAUAUCGAAUCGGAAGCCUUUAAUCAACUUCAGUGUAGCAUGCUUGAUGUUUCGACAUCAGACAAUUUUUUAAAAAUGAACGGAUCCGAUACGAUAGAGACUAUGCAUAGUAAAAUGUUGGCUACGCGUAAUUUUCGGCAUCAUUCUCGAGAGAACAUUGGCCAUUCGAUUCUAUCGUUUCUUCGGAACAAUCGAUCUCAAUAUCAAGAUAGUACAAACUCGCACUACGGCCGUAUGUGCAAGAUAAAAUAUUCUUGGCAGGUCAUUGGUACAAGUUCACAAACGUCACAGACACUUUUAGACAAUUUAGUUAAGGAAAGCAAUCUUCUCGAUGACGAAUCAGUCUACAAAUGUAGCGUUAAAUAUUCUUGGCAAAUUAUUGGAAUCGCUACACAAACUUCUCAAAGAGAUUUCACUGUUUCAGAAUGUCGAUCGGCUAUUUCAUUUUUAUCUGCAAGAACAAAUACGAUUUGUCAUCCUAUUAAAGAAAUGAUAUGUGACUCACCACCAACUGCUACAGUUUGGCGAAAGGGUAAAAGAUUUAUUAUAUUAAAUAACCAAUACACACAAACGUUUACUCAUAAAGAAUGUCAGACGGUUUUUACAGAACUUUACAAAAAAUACCAGAAUUAAAAGUUAUCGUUCACUUCAUAUUAAAAGUAUUGAAAUCAGUGGUAAAAAUUAUAUUAUACGAAAAAUCUAUAUAUUAUCGAUAUGAUACAUAUCUUGCAUCAGCUUCUAGUUCAGUUUUACUUUUUCAAAUCGAACAGAGAUUUAUUUAUUUUAUUAGAAAAUAAUUAAAAAAUUUUCAAUCUUUAUACAUACGUAGAUUAUCUUAUGUUAACUUUUAACUGGAAUUGUUAGAACACAAGUAAUCAAUUUAAAUUAGAUUUUUGGUACUUUACGAUACAAUACCAUUAGCAAGAACAUAAACACAUCUUUAUUAUCAUCGCUACAUGUUAUUCAGAAUGUGCUUUAUAUUUGAAGUUAUAUUAUUUAAUUCUAAAAGAUAAAUAAAGUGUACAUAUUAAGUUUACAAAUGAAUUUACAGAAUACAAAUUAAAUUGGAUUACCCAAAAAUUCAAAGUUUGACUUCAUUUCAUUCAUGUGAAUUACUUAUGAUCUAAUAAUACCAACCAAAGUUUAUUUUCUAUUUCACUUCAGAUGAAAAGUUUUUAAUUCGUCCAUACAUCUC